AGAGAUGGGCCCGGGCACCUUCCUGCGCUCAGCCCAGCGUGUGCACCGGCGAGGGGUCGUAUCAUGGGACUGCCUACAAUGGCAUGUAGCUGAUCUGUGACUGCUAGUAGCAAAUAUCGCCAACGGCCGAUGAUGGAGCGCUAGAUGGGUCGGGCUCUGACUUACUACAGAGAAUUCUUUCCCAGGUGUCUGGCUGUAGGGUUUUCUAUUGAGCUCCUGGGGAUGCGACCACAGUCGGACCAGGAGGAAAGGACAACACCGGAGAGGAAUCAGGUGAGCAGGAAGUUAGACCAGCUGUGAACCCUGCAGGGCGGCACGGGAGUCCCAGCAAAGCCGCCCAGAGCCUCUCUAGCAGGGAGCAGAGAAGAAGGAAGGGGGAUCCCCGAAGCUGCCUGGGAGGAGCCAAAGGGAACAGUCCUAGUAGCGAAGCCGGGUUGCAGGCAGGCUCGUUGGAUUGGCUACGCACAUAACCCCAGGCUGCUGGAGCACCCUGCUGGCCGCACUCAUGGGUGAGAAGGCCAACACGUGCCCGUACUGCGGGAAGGGCUUCCGGCGCAGCUCCCACCUGACCCGGCACCUGGGAACCCACUCAGGCGGGGAGCAGCGCCCCUAUGCCUGCAGCCACCGUGGCAAGGGCCCAGCCCUGACUCCGCCGCCGGCGGGCGAGCGCCCCUACUCCUGCACCCACUGCGGGAAAGCCUUUGGGCGCAGCGCCCACCUGGCCCGGCACCAGGAGACCCACUCUGGCGAACGCCCCUACAAGUGCACCUACUGCGGGAAAGCCUUCGGGCGCAACGCCCACCUGACCCGGCACCACGGCACCCACACCGGCGAGCGCCCCUACCAGUGUGGUAUCUGUGGCAGGGCCUUCACCCGCGACGCCCACCUGACCCGGCACCAGCUCGUCCACACUGGCGAGAAGCCCUUCCAGUGCGGUGUCUGCGGCAAAGCCUUCACCCGCAGCGCCCACCUGGCCCGGCACCAGGGCACCCACACGGGCGAGAAGCCUUUUGAGUGCGGGGUCUGCGGCAAAACCUUCACCCGCGACGCCCACCUGGCCCGGCACCGGGCCACUCACAGCGGCGAGCGUCCCUACAAGUGUGCCAACUGCGGGAAGGGCUUCGGAGCCACCUCCCACCUCCUCCGCCACCAGAGGACCCACCAGGAGUAGCUGCCCCGGCGUGGAAUGCGGGAACCAAGGGGCAGUGGUCCCCACACCCCCAGCGCUUGCUUCCAUCAUGGGAGGAGAGGGCAUGGGAAUCAGGGGGCACCAGUUCCCGCGUUGCCACCCACUGGGGCGUCCCUCCCACAUGGGGAACUGAGGAGGUGCCAGCUGUCAU